AUGGAUAAAAAGUUUGACGACUAUCAAUUGAUCGAACUUAUAAGACAAUAUAGUGUACUGUGGAAUAAAAGACAUUGUAAUCAUAAAAAUAAGUUGCAAAUAGAAAAUGCCUGGGCGACCAUCGCCAGCAUUAUGAUGACUUCAGCGGAGAAUUGUGAGCAGCGUUGGAACAAUAUCAGGCAUCGCUUUGCAGAAGAGAGACGCUUAUCGCAGAGGCCAUCUGGUUCCGAAGCGUACAGUAUUACAUGGCCUCUGUAUAAAUACUGCACAUUCCUGGAAGAUAUAGUAGUGAGUAGAAAGACGGUAGGAAAUAUACCAAAAAAUUCACCAAACAUUUUACAACCAGCAGAAGCUGGAAGUUCCUUGUGGAAUGAUUCCAUAGUAACGGAUGAUAUCACUGACUCCCCGUUGCCUAUUGACACGGAAGUAUCUGCCACGGAACCUUUACCGGAUGAUAGUAGUGACACCACUAGGCCAUCGUCGGCAUUGGCAUCGACAAGUACCAGUCGAGCAAGUCAAGUAAUUGUAAGACAAACUCCAAAACGCAAGAGAGAUGAAAAGAUGUCGGAGUUGGCAGACCUGACACAAAGCAUUAGUAAUGCUUUCAAUAAAUUAGGAGCAACCAGUCAGUCAAAUGAAAUGGAGAAUGAGGAGAUAGUGUUUGGGAGGGCGGUUGGACUCUGCUUAAAGUCUAUCAAAAAGAAAAAAGCCAGAGCACUAACAAAAGCUAAAAUAAUGCAAAUAAUCGCAGAGGCAACAAGUAUUGAUGAAGAUUAA